CCAGUGCCGGCUUUUCACUGGGUGCAGGUGCGUGCGGCGGGCGCUUUUGUUUGACGAGAACGAGGAUACACUGGAAUCACAAUACAUAGAGCACAACCCUUUAUGGAGCGAUCAAUGGGCGGCGGUUCUUGUUGUUCUCGCCACGGGGUUCUUCCGGCUAUUUGAUCGAAGCUUGGUCGUGUACUUCUUUCUUCCGUUUUGCUUUUCCGGAACACAUCGGGUGUUUUUUCGGAGGACUGGUUGUCUCCUUGUCCCGGUGAUUUUUCGGCGCGAGUAGUGUGCCACCUCCAAGCGGAACAAGCCGGCGUGGUUCCUGGCCAGCACGCAGGGUCGUCGGUAAAAAAAAGAUGCCUCGACGUAGCCAAGAACCCUGCGCGGAACCAGAGGGUGAGGACGGACAGUUCGACGAUGAGGAGUUUGUUGGCAAUGACAACCGAAAUUUGCAACGCGGACACCACAACGAAAAUCCAACAACUACCGGAGCCGCAAGUGGGAGCCAAGCGACGUCGCGCUCCCAGCACCCGCCGACCCCGGAAAAGCCGAUGCUGACCCUCGGCGCAAUGUCGGACGAUUCAGACUCCGAGGACGACGAGGAAAGGAGUGGCAACGGAACGAGUUCGUUGUCCAGCACCAUCGGCUAUCCUGUGCAAAAGUAUCGUACUCGUAGUAAUCGUAGUCAUGCAUUACAAAUCUUUAUCCCAAGGCAAAACAGCAUGACAAAUUCCAUUUGUCAUGCUGAGCGAAUUUGUAUUGCAAUUACUACUAGUACGAUACUUUUGCAGUUCAUAUCGGCGAUCCGCGUUCACGGCAGCGGCAGAACCGCGAGCAGAGGCGGUCGUCGAGAAACACGCGGAGGUCGCGGCGACAUGAAGACGGACAGCAAGUUGCGCGCACGCGGAGCCGCGGGGACAAGCGCGCGGAGUGGCAGGUCUUGCACGAGCAAGAAGCCGCACGCUUAGCGAAAGAAGCACAGAAGGCGUUCCACAAGACUGCGUGCAAAGUUUUCCAAGCACUCAUGCUCGCUUCCUGCCUGGUUUUGCUAUCCGUCCUCGCCUACCACCAGUACCUGCAGCUGCGACAACAGGCCGCUCACGGGGAGAAUUCUUUACCCGGCAGCGGUUCGGCAGUAUUUCCAGUGGGGAAGGGCAGAAGCGGCGCGCGGGAGCAAGCGCGAAGUAUCGUCUUGGACGAUCGCAGCGACGUUGGCAGUGACACUGACGACCCGCAAGAACGGGGAGUACAGAAUUCCAAGCGCGAAAAGAUUCGGCUGUCGCGGAAAUUCGAAGAGCGGUCGCGCGGUUUCUCUACGGAUCAUGUCACUCGCCGCGCAUCAUCGUCCUCGACGGGGUCUUCCCGCCUUCCGCCCGACCGACACAGCGGCCGCAACUCCCGCAGCAAGGGUGGGGCGACGCGACGCCACUCCUCCCCCGGUACUGGUCGCCGCCCGUCCCGGCGCAGUGGUCGCGGCUCGGCGAACUGGAAGCGCGGCGCGUCCGACGGUGCAGCUGGUACUACCACGGUCGCGUUGGUAAAUGGAACUAUUGCCGGCGCUUCCGGGACGAGACCGCCACUAGAUGACGGCGCGGCCUCCAGUACGGACGGAGGAUGCAACAGUGCGGAUGACUACUCUUCUACAGAAGAGGACGACGACACAACUGACUCGGACGUGGACUCGGCCUUUGCUGGCGCCCAGAAUGAGGACGCGUCCGACCUGGAGCUGAACACGACCGCGACCAGCCGCCGGACGAGCAAUCGCGGCAACUGCAACAUGUACGCGAACAAGAACAAGCGGCCCCGGCGUACGUCGAAGAAGUACGUGCACUCAAAGACGAAAAACUCGGUCGUCCACAACUACUUCACCAUUCAGCACAUGAGCGACGAGGCCGGACGCUACUUCUUCGGGAACGCCGCACGAGCGGCGGGUUUCGGAGGCGGGGGCGGUAGUGCGGGUGCGCAAUCAUCUUCGCAGGCCGCGCCAAACUUCCAGUACACCCAGCAGCCAGGGUCGUCCACGGGACGAAAGAACGCUGAUGAACACGACAGAAGUGCAACGCCGGGCGAUGGUGGCGUGGACGCGGGCGUCCCAACAAGAACACCCUCCAGUGGAGCACAACAACAUGACAGUUCGUCAGUUGUGUCCUCUUCCGUAGGUGGCAACAGUGAAGAUGUGCUAGCACGGAGGAAUCAGCAGGAGCUUUCGGGAGUUCAGAAUAUGCGGGCUAGCACGCCCGGAGGUGCUACUCCUUCGCAAUCAGAAGUAGUCGAGUCGGGUUCAGGGAACGGGGAGACAUUCUUUUCGGCCGCAAGCUCGUCGAUCGGCGGUGACGACCAAAGUGGAUCCGGGCGAGGGUCGCCAGCCUUGGAAGACCAGAUUUCGGACACGUCGGAUGCACGGAACAAAAAGAAGCGCGCACAGCAACUGGAGAAGCAGCUGCAACUCGCGCUACAGCUCGGAGAUACGUCCAACCAGCCGGCACGGACGAGCGCAACCUUGCUGCCCCUUGCGGAUUAUGUUCCUGGGUACUUCAGCUUAAUACUUCUUGCGCCAUAGGUUUAGAUAGAUAGAAGUAGAAGAUGAAAAACGCAUCUGCAGAAUCCAUCCAUGAUCGCUAAGAUUCAUAUGUUCACUUUUGGUUUCGACUUUUUUCCGCCCAACAAGCUAAAGCGACAGCUAAAGCAGAUGCACUCUUCUUUCAUGAACACUAAAGUAAUUCCGAACCUCAACAGAAACGGCAGCAACGAGGUUGUCAUGCCUGCUCCUGGAACACACAACUUCACGCAUUCGGGCGCAAUCGUUCCCGUAGUUGUUGCUCAGCAGACUGCUGAGAGUCUCGGAUCUUCGUCCGCAGCCCCAGCACUGCGAAGCGGCCAGCUGGCCCUGGAAGACGCACCGCCAGCAGCUCCGCCGUCUCCCGUGGGAGUGCUAGAUUCCGCGAACCCGCCGCAGCCGCCAGCAUCUCCGGUGGGGAUACUUGACACCUCUGGUGGAUCUGCAAGCUCUCAACGACCAAAUGCAGGCAGCUUGCAGCAUUCAGCACAUCUCUUCUCAUCAAUCCCGCCGCAACCGAGUGCGCCACUUCCACUCGUCGAUCCCGCUGAGGUUCCCGUUCCGCUUUCCCGGCCAGGGGAGGUGGAUGCUGAUUUGGUUGAGACGAGCGAUGCCGCUGCGGAUAAAGAGCCAGCUGAUACUUCUAACACCAACAAAGCGGAUCUAUCUAGGGAAGCUGCUCGUGGUCCAGAGGAUGGCACUAGUAGUACCGGACUGGAGGAGGUGCCGUCCGCUACUCCGCUUCUUGACCAGGCCGCACCUUCGGAAGGCGAGGGAACAAGCAGCAGCACUUCUGGUUCGCCUGCCCAGAGCGGGAAUGAUUCACCAUCCGGUUCUCCUGCAGUUCCGCAAGAGGAGGAAAAUCCCGAAGCGCGCCGCCAGGUGGAUACCCUGCGGCGAGAAAUUCCGGUGAUGCUCGCGUCACUGAAGACCUACGCCAAUUUGGUCAUUCGGCUCCACGACGGGCGGAAUCGUGGCGGAGCGAACCCAAACGGCAAGAAACCGAAGAAGCACAGCGCGUAUCCCGCGCGACUAGCAAAGAAGGCCCUGUCCGCGUUUCUGCCGACGCAGGGGAACUUGCCGACGCCCGAGGAGGUCUUGGACCGUCUCAUCGAUUUCUUCGGCGUCGACGGGUCUGCCAACACCUCCUUCGAACGGAAAAUGAAUGCUGCUUCGUCCGCAAUGGACGGAACAAACGCGACCUCCUCCGCGCAGCCGGGGGGCGAGAGCAACAACGGACAAGAAGAUGUCGGGCCAGGAACUGCACCAAAAGAGGAUUCAAAGAAAAGACCGAGCGCUUCUCUCACCCCGAUUCCGAGCGCUGCGCCUGCACUCAUUGAGUACUUGAACGCACGGAAAACGCUGGUGCAAGUGACCAUGCAGAAGUUGUGGCUGUUUGUGUCUGGCCGGGUCGGACACUUCAAGCUGGAUUUGCGAGCCGACUAUGAGCUGCAGAAGGUGCCGCCUAGCGGUACAACUACGGGAGGUGGUGCUGCGAAUCAGGGACAGCUUGUGCCGACGACCUCGUCACAGAGUGGCGCGAGCUCGGGAACCUCCACGCCGACGUCCGCGCGCAAGCACAGCCUCCCCAUGUUUCUCUUCGGGGAGCAGCCGGAGGAGGCGAUCCCGCCGACGGUUUACCAGCACAACGUGAAGUAUGAGUGUGAUUUCCUCGGCGUCAAACCACAUGUUGUGGGCGCGCGCGAGCACGCGGGUCUCGUUCACGUGGUCUCCAUGAACAGCUCGGGCGACAGCGACGAAAAUAGUACACACGACAAUAAACAACAUGCAGAGAUGAAGCUCGACACCGGCGCGAAUGAACUCGCGCGCGGGAAGACAAACGAGUUGCGUUUCGCCCCGAUUUUAGAACGUUCUCACGAGUCGCAGGAGCGAUCGGGGGACUGGUUGCGGAACUCGAAAGAGAGCGGCGACCAGCCACUGGACAUUAGCGGAAUCUUGAGUAAGAUCAUGGCCGAACACGAGACCACCACGGUCGCGUCCGGCACGGCAGAUGCUGAUGGUCCAGCAUCAGCAUCUCCCAACGAGGGCGGACGAAACAAGCGCAACGCACCUUUUUCUACCAAGCAGGAGGCCGCCUCUCAAGAUGAAGCAACGUCAAAAUCGGACAGACCGGGAACUCGCGGGGAUGGUGCUGGUGGUGAAAAUAAAGAUGCGUUUGGGCGCUCCCCCUCUGUUGGGUCCGACCUGUACAUACCAACCGGGGGCGAAAACUGCAUGCCGUCGAUCCCCGGAACACCAAGAUCAGGCAGCGACAUUGAUGCCAACAUCGAGGACAUGCACAGAAAGCCGUUCGCGUUCGGCGGCGGGCGAAGCAGCGGGUCGUCCGAGGUGAGGCGCAGAAAAUCGAACAGCGUCGAUCCCUCCCCGGCGUCCAAUCGCAACCGAGGACGGGGUGGGGAUCAGACCAUCUCGAUGGCCAUGGUGCAGCUCCCUGUCACGACGUACGGUCAUAACGAAGUAAACAAAAAGCCGAGCAGCCGCCCAACUUCUUCUACCGGCGGAGCUGGUUCCGCGCGGAGUAGAGCCGCCGGAACAGGGGCAACUCACCAUCAUCCAGCACGCCAGCUCGUUUCCGCGCCGACGGUGAUGCCGCGGCCGAAUAACUGGUCCCUCUUGAGUGCAACCGAGGCGGAUCGGGCAUUACAAAGCAUCCCACACUUACCCUUUGUGCGGGGAUCCGGUAAUGCCGAGCAGACUACACAGCUCCUUUCCCCGAAAGAAAAUAAUUCGUUUGCACCUCCUCCUGCGACGUCGCUGCAGCAACCAACGACAUCUAGUUCUUCUUCUUCCGCGCCCCGAAAGGAGCGUCAAAUACCUUGCGACGACGGUGCUUGUUUUCCGGCGUUGCGUCGGCGUGGCACUGCGGCGAAGAAAGCACAGCUGCACGAUAUCGGCGGUUUGCUGAACCGCGAAAAUCGCCUGAUGCGCACGAGCAUGGAGAGCGAUUCCGCGCUCGUCGGGCGCGGCUCGAUCGUUCCAGCGAGUCCAGCCGGACCGCACAACACGCCAAGCAAUUCCGCCGGCAGCGACCCGGAGGGCAGCGCCUUUCUUUCCGAUGUGACCAUUUCCAUGCCCAUGGUGAUUAAAUCCAGCGCGGCCCAAAAUAAACUGCCGGAAACGAACGCAACGACCAACGGAACCGAUACUCGUCUUCAAAAUGUUUCCGACGAUGCACAACAGCAAUUGCAGCUAUCGCAAAUAUCGUCGAACGGCGCCAGCGCAAAAGCACUUGGAUACGGGCUUCUGCCGUCCCAGUCGGGGGACGGCAGCGGGCCGGCGCCCUACUCCCAGUUGAACGACGAGAGUGGUGGGUCUCUGCAUGGCAUUCCUUUUCCAGAAGACGACGGGUCGGACACCGCUUUCGCCGCGCGCCGCAUGCUCCCCAACGAAAGCGAGUUUUUCGACGGCACGCCCGAAGACGAGCUGGUGGACAUGGUCACGGGGGACACGGGAGAGGAGAAUCCGCUUGUCCUCCCCCCGCGGCGCAGUAGUCUGGUGGCGUCCCCGUCCAAGGAUCGGAAGGCCAGUGCGGGUGACAACAUGCUUGGUAAAACAGAGGUAGAAGCAGGAGAACAACAACGAUUUCUCGAUGUUGACCAGGGUCCGGACACAGGAAACGCCGCCGCCCCACAACUGAGAGCUGCAACCGGCGCUGAGAUGAUUAAGUUGGCCGCUCGUGGUGAAGCUCCGCCAGCGCAAGUCGUCAUGGAGGACAGCACGACUACGCCAAGAUCUUCCGCAGCGUCGCCGAAGGGGAUUUUUAGGAACAGCACAGACCACGAUGAAACUGACGUGGGACAGAAGCAAGAUACACCCGGCAGCUCUAGCACCGGCCCUGCGUCCGCCUUUGCACCGCAGCAGGAAGCGAUGCCCCCUCCGCUGUGGGCCGGAAGUGCCGCGAGCAAGGUCCGCAGUGGUCACCGACUGGACCAGAACACCUACUGCGUGACCGGCGAUGCCUCGCCGGACCAGUCCCGCGAAGAGUUGCGUGUGCCGAAUAAAGCACCGUCGCCAGAGAAGAUCCCCUUUGUCGGCGCCAGCAGUAUCAAUAACUUCAAUCCGCCGGAAGUGCUGUCGAAGACGAGAAGCAAGAAGCGCUCCACGGGGGUCGACAUCGAGCAACUCGCCAAAAUCGAUUUCUCCGCGGCGAACAGUGCCAUCCUGGGCACGUCGCCGGAGCAAAUUUCCUUCUGGAAGACGCUGCUGUUAGAGGACCCCCAGGAGUGGGACUCGCUACCGGCCGUCUCCUAUCAAAUGUAAAAAUGUCUGGGUCUGGAAGAAUGCAUGUUUGUCAUGCUUGUCUGGCAUGACUCUUAAAUCUGUCAUGCACGUUACCCAAGAGCUGCGUUUUUCUGUGAUGCAGAAACGCAGUUUGUCAUGCAGAAUAGGCAACACCUACACCUAGAAGCUCAGAAACUUGUCAUGCUGAGCCAGCAUUUGUGGCCUCAUCAUGAGACGCCGCCCAGCAUCACAAGUUUCCAGAUCCAGACAUUUUUACAUUUGAUAUCUCCAAACCGGGGCUGAAGCAGAGUCAGCUGUACGAUCGACUGCUCUACUAUGGAAGCGUCAGGUUUGAAAUCGUCAAAGUUCAAAUAAUUCGUAAUGCAUAAAAUGCGACACAAAAAGUGACUCUAUUGCAGAGGACCCACGAGAGGCAGAUUAUAGUCCUGGCAAGGGUCAAAAAUUGGCCUGCUAACUAGCAUGACAGAAAGCAGCUCUUUUGCUCUAAACCGCAUGACAGACUCGCUUCCAGGAUUGGGAAAAUUUGUCAUGCACCGACUACAAACUGUAGGUCUAACUGGUAUCCGUUUUAUGCAUGACAAACUAUUUCAACUUUGACGAUUUCAAACCUGACACAUCCAUAUCUACCAGUGCCACCAAAAGGAAACCGAGCGGUUUUUCCGCAUGGAGCCGAAGAAGCAGGAAACGGGGGCCGCGGGCAUCCUGAAUGCGCUGUUCCAGGUGGGGGGCGCGGGCGCCCACCGCAAACCGGGGAGCGAAAGAACCUGCACCAUGGUAGACGCGCGGGGGCUGCCAAAACCACUGAAAAAUUGGGUUCCGCUCAACGAACAGUACGAUGCCUCGUUCACCGUGCCGAUUGGCCACGACCAAGCGAUACUCGAACCCUCCGGCCUGGGUCACGAUCACCAGUACAAAACUAAGUGGAACAUGCAGAUCGAGCGGAACCCACUCACAGGAGGCAGUAUUGUUCUGUUGAUUUUCCUAUUUUGGUUUCAAAGACGUUUGUAAGUAACUUCUGCUGUGAAUCUGAAGGCGUUUUCAAGAGCAACGAUAGGUAUCAAUGAAGGACCACAAUCAUGAUCAUGCAUAGGCAAACCCAAACGGAUGAAAAGUUUUUUCCGCGAAAUCACAGGUCCACGCGUUGUUGUGAAGCGGGAGAGCGUCAGCGAAACCGGAGACCGCAAGGAAAAGGCGUACACUUUGGCACAGCCCCAAGAAGCCGCGCGCUUGGCGCAGAAGCUCAGCAUUCUUCUGAAUAACGAAUAUAGGAAUCUCCAGGGUAUGUAAGUAGUAUGUAUCCAAUUCCAACUAACUCCAAAUUUACAUUGUUUUUGAGUUGUCGAGUAGCCACUGCGCUGACAGCGCGCAGCUGAUGUACUCCUUCUUGUGGUCAAUCCACGAGAAGGCUGCGUCAUACCUGAAUUUUGUAAAGACUCAACGUUGAUCUUGCAUCGAUAUCUUCAUGUAUGACGGUUCUGUUCACUAGUAGUACUAGCGAUCAUUCAAAAAAAAAAUAAUUUCAGAAGCGAAGAACGUAUCGUUGGCCUGUGCUAAAUUGCAAAAACCUGCUUUAUUGACAUUAAGACAUCUAUGGUUUUCAUUUUGCAAAAUGUAAAACAGAGCUACCGCUCACCACGGUAGGCGACUGCGAAAUUUUUUCUCAUGAAGUACAAGUUUCCUUUACAGUAGAGUCUCUAGGUAAAAUGCCUUUUCUGUGAAACGCUACAGUACACUAAGAUAGAUGCCACUGUUUCCUCGUGGCAGUUUUGAGGUCACUCCCAAAAAAUCGCGGUUGCAGUAUGAGGAGAUGAAAUACCGAGAAUAUGGAGCAAACACCUGCACGGCAGUGCAGUUUGUUGUUGUCGUUUCAUCCGCGAC